GAAACCAAUCAGGACGUCGCCUUCUUCCCCGCUCCCCUCCGCCGGAACCUUUCUCCUCGCGCCGCCCCGCCCCGCCCGUCCUCCAUUGUUGCCCACCCCUUCACCACAGCACCGAAACUCCCAAACUCGUCCUGGUCGGAGUCGGAGGUGAUCGACGGCAGCCCCAGAUCCCCAAUUUUUCUCCGUCUGCAAAUCCGGCCUCACUUCCCAAUUCGCCCCUAUCCCCAAUUCCUCACCUCCUCCCCAGCGCUGCCGCCGCUCGCUAGACUCCACUCCGCGUCGGUUUAUCGAAUCCACUCCCAGUCCUAGAGUGGACUCAGUGGAGCGGAAAUCCAGCCAACCCUGGUUUCCAUCGGAGGCGGGCUCGGCGAGGCCGAAUGGGUUCGGCUUCUAAGCCAUCUCCGUCGGCGGCGGCCGCGCCUAGCCGGCGCAAGGUAGCGCUCUGCCUGGCGCUCCUCACCCUGCAGUACGGCGCGCAGCCCCUAAUCUCCAAGCGCUGCGUCGGGCGAGAAGUUAUAGUAACUUCAUUGGUUCUUGCAAUUGAAGUAUUAAAGGUUAUAUGUGCUGUCAUUUUAUUACUGGCAGAGGGCAGUCUGAAGAAGCAGUUCAGUAAUUGGAGUCUUGUCGGAUCGCUGACUGCGUCAGGACUUCCUGCUGCAAUCUAUGCACUUCAGAAUAGCCUGUUGCAGAUAUCAUACAAGAAUUUAGAUUCCCUGACCUUUUCAAUCCUUAAUCAGACCAAGCUAUUAUUCACAGCAUUCUUCACGUAUCUUAUUUUGGGGCAAAAACAAUCGCCCAAACAAAUUUUAGCAUUAACCCUCUUAAUCAGCGCGGCUGUCCUUUUAAGCAUUGGGGAGAGUAGCAGGAAAGGUGUAAGUGGUGGUAGCUCUGAUUAUGUCUUACUCUAUGGAAUCAUUCCUGUGACGGUCGCAUCAGUGUUGUCUGGUUUGGCCUCUUCCUUGUGUCAGUGGGCAUCUCAGGUGAAAAAGCAUACGUCCUAUAUGAUGACUAUCGAGAUGUCAUUUAUUGGGAGUAUGUGCUUGUUAGCAAGUACCUGUCAGUCACCAGACGGAGAAGCCCUGAGAAAAUAUGGGUUUUUCCAUGAAUGGACUUUGUGGACAGUGAUACCAGUGUUAAUGAAUGCUUUGGGUGGAAUCCUUGUGGGUCUUGUCACAUCUUAUGCAGGAGGUGUUAAAAAGGGUUUUGUGAUUGUCUCAGCUCUCCUCGUAACUGCAUUACUACAGUUUAUAUUUGAUGGGAAGCCGCCAUCAGUCUACUGCCUGGUGGCAUUACCACUUGUCAUGGCAAGCAUAUUCAUUUACCAGAAGUAUCCAUAUGUUGAUAGAAAGAAGAAAGACUGAUAAAGAUGCUGGUCAGAGAAGGGUUUUACUUAGCAUCAGCACAACAUAGUAUUAACCCACUACGAAAGGUGAAGUUUGCUCUCAGAAGGGGGGCAUAUUUGACCUUUAGUAGUAUCUGUUAGUGGAGCUAUGUAUCAACCAUCUGCCAAUCCCGACAUCAACUGAAUUACAAGCUUCACUAAGCAUUAACCUGUAAUUGAUACCAGUCAAUUUUAUGCUGGUUGUAUUCCCUUUUAGUAUUGAGUUACUGUUACGUCCACCAAACUUUUGUGAGUACUGUAUCAUGGAGAACAUGAAGAACUGCCUGUAUGCUCUUGCACUGAUUGUUUGCACUUUAAACAAGGACCAUCGUCCUUUUUCAGUUUGCAAUUUAGGAUAAUAUAUAUCUGUACAAUUUAAGCUCAUGUUAUGUUACUUUUAUCA